AGGCGCCUUUUAAAGCGAGGGGGAUGGCAGGAGCACUGUCAUUUCAAUGCUGAACGAGGCUCAUUAGAGGUUGUGCAGUUCUCGUUCCCUUAUUUUCGUUUCUUUUGCAGGCCUCUUUGUUUAGUAUAAUCUCUUCUCUUCCAUCUUAAACAAUACCCGCUUUCCCUGCUCGAAAUGUACCGGUAUUUCGGAGAGCUGGUGAGCCGCGGAGCGGGCAGCGCUCUGGCCGGCUGUGUGGAGGCAGCGAUGCCGGCUUCAUCAUCUGUAAUGCGGCUAAGGCACUACAGCGACGCCGCGGAUAAAGAAGACGACCCCAACUUCUUCAGGAUGGUGGAAGGCUUCUUUGACCGCGGCGCCGCCAUCGUGGAGAACAAGCUGGUGGAGGACCUGAAGACAAGAGAGACACCCGAGCAGAAGAGACACCGAGUACGGGGGAUCCUCAAGAUCAUCAAGCCGUGUAACCACGUCCUCAGCGUGUCGUUCCCCAUCAAGAGAGACAACGGAGAGUGGGAGGUUAUCGAGGGCUACCGGGCACAGCACAGCCAGCACAGAACCCCCUGCAAAGGAGGUAUCCGCUACAGCAUGGAUGUGUCCGUGGAUGAAGUCAAAGCCUUGGCCUCACUGAUGACCUAUAAAUGUGCUGUUGUGGAUGUGCCAUUUGGAGGUGCUAAAGCUGGAGUCAAAAUCAACCCCAAAAACUUCUCUGACAAUGAGUUGGAGAAAAUCACAAGAAGAUUCACCAUUGAGCUUGCCAAAAAGGGAUUCAUUGGACCUGGUAUUGAUGUCCCAGCCCCUGACAUGAGCACUGGUGAAAGGGAGAUGUCCUGGAUCGCCGAUACUUACGCUAACACUAUUGCUCACACUGACAUUAACGCUCAUGCCUGUGUAACGGGGAAGCCCAUCAGCCAGGGAGGAAUCCACGGCAGAGUGUCAGCCACAGGACGUGGAGUUUUCCACGGCAUCGAGAACUUCAUCAACGAGGGGUCCUACAUGAGCAAGCUCGGACUCACGCCUGGAUUCGCUGACAAGACCUUCAUCAUCCAGGGUUUCGGAAACGUCGGCUUGCACUCGAUGCGUUACCUCCACCGUUACGGUGCUAAAUGCGUGGGUGUGGCCGAGAUCGAUGGAAACAUCUGGAAUCCCAAUGGCAUCGACCCCAAGGAGCUGGAGGACUACAAACUGCAACAUGGCACUAUUGUGGGCUUCCCUAAUGCUCAGCCCUAUGAGGGCAGCAUCCUGGAGGCAGACUGUGACAUCCUCAUCCCUGCUGCUGGAGAGAAGCAGCUGACCAGGAAAAAUGCUCCCAACAUCAAAGCCAAGAUCAUCGCUGAGGGAGCUAACGGCCCCACCACACCCGACGCUGACAAGAUCUUCGUGGAGAGGAACAUCAUGGUCAUCCCGGACAUGUACCUGAAUGCCGGCGGUGUGACUGUCUCUUACUUCGAGUGGCUGAAGAACCUGAAUCAUGUCAGUUACGGUCGUCUGACCUUCAAGUAUGAGAGGGACUCCAACUACCACCUGCUGAUGUCUGUGCAAGAAAGUCUCGAGAGGAAGUUUGGAAAGCAAGGUGGACCCAUCCCUGUGGUUCCCACUGCAGAAUUCCAAGCCCGAGUGGCAGGUGCCUCUGAGAAGGACAUUGUGCACUCUGGUCUUGCCUACACAAUGGAGAGAUCUGCAAGGCAAAUUAUGCGUACAGCCAACAAGUACAACCUGGGCCUGGACCUCAGGACAGCAGCUUACGUCAAUGCCAUUGAGAAGGUCUUCAAGGUGUACAACGAGGCCGGACUGACCUUCACAUAAAUCCUCAAUCUCUACCACUUUAUUCAUUCUUUGUAAACCGGCCUUAGACUAACCACCCUCUCAUUUGCCAAGUUUUUCCCCCUGCAGUUUGUUCAAAUUAAGCUGUAAUUUCUGUAUAAUCCUAUUGUAUGGCAUCGGAGCAAGCUGCUAGUUAUGUCAUGCCACGACGUUCUUCACUUCAAGUAUAUCACGUUACCGUGUUAGUUUUGUACUAAUAUGUCAUUAACCUGAUGUCUGCAGUAUUGGCUCUACUUCCACUGUGCAUAUGAGAUUUUCAUGUUAUUUUCAUCCACCAGCCAUCGUAACAUACUCAGAUUCCUUUAUUCAUGUUGACUCAAAACUUGUGACCCUACAUUCUGAGUAUUAAAAGAAAACACUAAAGAUGCCUUAGACCUUAGAGCAGGAGUUUUAUGCUCAGAGGAAUUCUGUCUUUAACCCCAUAGUUCAGCAUUCAUAAAAUACCUCACAUAGGAAGAAGAUUCAUCAAACACACCGGUUCUUGUUCAGCAGUUUGUCUUGGAGACGUGCUAAAGCUAAACUCUUCAAUUUACAAUGUUUGAAAAUUUAUACUGUCUAGAAGACAUUGUAUGUGUGAAUGUGUGUGAGUGGGGGUGAGUGUGUGGGUGAGUGCAGCUCAUGGGGGAACAAAACCAUUCACAAAGCUCAUCUACACCGUCCUGUGGAAAUUCGCUCUGGAAAAAAUUUGUAUUGCUUUUUUUUUUUUUGUUGUUGUUGAGAAUAAAGAAAUGAAAACACAG